GGGUCCAUUGCCUGGGGCCUUGAAGGCCACUGUGAGGACUUGGGUUUUUACUCCGAGUGCAUUGAGAGCCACUGGAGGACUUUGAAGAGAGGAGUCACCUGCUUUGAGUCAGGGCAGGAGGUUGAGGGGGAGGGUAGUGACCUGACCGCCAUUGCCAUUCUGGGGAGAGACCCUGGGGGCUUGUAUGCACAGCAUAGAGGCCAUGGGAAAAUAUCAGAUUUUCCGAUUUGGGGUCAAGUUUGAAGGUAGGGUCAGGAGGAUUUGGAUGUGAGAGAAAGGUGGAGUUGGGGAUGACUUGAAGGUUUUUGGCCCGAGAGUCUGGAAGCUUAGAGCUGCCAUCUCCUGAAAUGGGGGCUGUUUAGGGGGAGGAGCUGGAAUGCUGACUUGUGCCUACUAUGUCUGAGAUGCCCGUUAUGGGUCCACGGGCAGGUGCCUAGGGGCAACUGGGAAAGUUUAAUAGGUGGGGUUGGAGCUGGAAAUAAAAUUUGGGGCUGGCAUUUAGAGCUGUAAGAGCCGGCGAACUCACUUAGGGAGAGAGUGGUACAGAGAAGAGAGACCCGACCUGGGAGCUCUGGGGCUCCCAGCAGCAGGAGCCAGCCAAGGAGACAGACAGACGGAGUGGCCAGUGGGAUGGGAGAAGUCAGAGAUGGGGUGUCCCUGAUGGCAGGGAAGAGCGUGCUGCGAGGGGAGAGAGAGCCGUUCUGAUAGAUGCCUUUGGCCUAGCCAGCUGGUCGAGGGCUGAGAACCCAGCUGAGACAAGGACAGUCUGGGGGGCUGUGCCUGGAGGGGACAGGUGGGAAAGAAUGGAGGACAGCAGUACAGACAACAGACGGGAUUCCUGCUGUGAUGGGAGGUUGGAGAAUUUGGAAUUGGAGCUGCUAGAGGAAGAGAAGCCUCUGGGUGUUGGUGGGAAAUGGUCUGAACAGUUGAUAUAGGGGCAAGAAACAGGACUUUAGGGACAAUUUUUAUGAAAUAGGGGAUGAUUGGUCAUCUGUUUUCCCUCAUGCCCAAUUGAAGCCAAAGCAGGAGAAACUUAAGUUGGACAUGAUGGUGAACUUCCUGAGCUGGUUGUUUGAGGACCGCAGCAAAGCCAGGUUCUCCCCCAGGGACGUUUACAGCAAGAAAGGACAAUGCCUGCUCAGAGACAGGGUUUUGACCAAAUGCAUCCUUGGGGAUUCUUCCUGCUUUUGAGGUUUCUGGAAGGAGGCCAGGGAAGAGUUGGGGCUUUCCAGCUGCUGAGGGGGACAGAGCAUCAGCCCUUAGAGCUCAGGCCUGCCUCUCCUUCCUGGUGUCUGCAGAUCCUUGAUGUCACUGGUUGGAUGUGUGUGGCUCAAGCAUUUUUCAGUUGCUCCAGACUUGGGGUGUUUGGGAAGGACUCCUGCUUACUCUCCCAGGUUUUCCCCGGGGGUGAGCACAACUGGAGGGUGUGUCUCAGGUCCAGGGAGUGGCUCAGUGCAGGUCAUGGUGGAUGCACAAGGCUUUACAGCAGAACUGAUGAGAAGGACCUAGUUACGGCACAGUAGCUUGGCCAACUCUGGCUUCCAGGCCAUCCUUCUGGGAUUUCCCCGGGAAGUGGGGUCUGGGUGAAUCCAGACCUGCCAGCGUUGUGCCACUCAGCCUUGGCCUUCCUGCUCAAGGCUGUGCCUGCUCCAUCAAGCCUAAUGAUCUUUGCAGGGGGAGAGUGUGGUCUAGGUUCUCUGGAUACAGAGGAGGGAGGAGCUGUCCAUCCUCAGGCAUCGGCUAGGUAAGAGGAGUGGGUAUUGUCCGGUCUCAUGUGAACUUUGCAACAUCUUUAUUUCCUGGCUGCACGCCUGCCCUCCAGGCAUGGGGUCAGAGGGAGAGUGCCCACCCCAUGUCUGGGCUCUUCCCAGAGGGUGGUGGUUCUUUUCCCCAGGUCCUGGGCAGGAGUGGCAGUGGUGUUGGGGUUUCCACAGCCAAGAGUCAUGCCAGGGCCAAGCCCAGAGGUCUUCCUACCUGUCCUGUUCUUCCCUCUCCCAUCUCUCCAUGUCUGCCCUCCUGACUUCUCUGCCUGGCCGUGGGCCCAGGGCGGAGGCCUGCCUGGCCAGAGAGAAUGGCCCUAUAGAAGCCUCUAGAUGGGGAAUGCCCUCCCGAGCUUCCAGACAUGCAGGCAACUUUGCCUUACCUUGUCUCCUCUCUGGCCAGCCCAAGGCUUCCAACCUGAGUGCUGGCAACAGUCUGAGUUGGAGAUGACUCCUUUCCCUUCCCUUGGCUGGCAUAGGAGGGCAGGCACAGAAUGUUCCAGGCCCUCCCCUUCCUCGGUAGAUUUUUGACUCAUGAGCAUUCCCACCGUGCCUCCCCGAGGCUCUGCCCUGCGCCAAGCUUAGGGAUGCCAGGAUGAGUAAGACCCAGGCUUCUACUCUGGCCGAGAAGGGGGAGAGACACAUAAACAGCAUACAGGAGAGAGACAAAGUCUCCAAGGGCCUUGGCGUCUCCUCCCUUGAGUAACUCAGAAUGUCCGUGUUUUGGAAAAAGAAGGAGGUGUUCCUCUUCCUCUAACCUUUUGCUUUCGCUUUCUCUGGGCACUGUACCCGUCCAUGUCCCUGAUCCCUGUGACAGUCGCGGCAUGGACCCACCCGAGAGACUUUCUCUGCUGCUUGGGGACCCUCCCGGGGCCUGGAGCUCAGAGAAAUCAAAAACUUCCCCUCAAACUCCCAGAGCCCAGAGCCUGAAGGCUGAGCCCAGAGUUAUGAAAUGUGUACCCAGGAGGCUUUCCAGGCUCAGAGGAGCCAGCUGGUGGGGUUAAUUGUCUCGGGGUCCCUGGAGGGCUUCGAGAGCAUCCUGGACUGGCUGCUUUCCUGGGAAGUCCUCUCCUGGGAAGACUAUGAGGGCCUCAGCCUCCUGGGCCAGCCGCUCUCACACUUGGCCAGGCGCCUCCUGGACACUGUCUGGAACAAGGGCACUUGGGGCUGUGAACAGCUCAUCGCGGCCGUCCGGGAGGCCCAGACCGACUACCAGGCUCGGGAGCUGUCCAGCUGCUGGGACCCCCACUCGCCCCACCCAGCCCGGGACCUGCAGAGUCACCGGCCAGCCAUCGUCAGGAGGCUCCACAGCCACGUGGAGGGCGUGCUGGAUCUAGCCUGGGAGCACGGUUUCAUCAGCCAGUAUGAAUGUGAUGAAAUCCGGUUGCCCAUCUUCACGUCCUCCCAGCGGGCAAGGAGGCUCCUCGAUCUUGCCACAGUGAAGGCGAAUGGGUUGGCUGCCUUCCUUCUACGUCAUGUUCAGAAAUUGCCAGUCUCGUUGGCCCUGCCUUUUGAAGAUGCUGCAUGUAAGAAAUAUAUGUCCAAGCUAAGGACCACGAUAUCUUCUCAGUCUCGCUUUCUGAGCACCUACGAUAGGGCAGAGAAUCUUUGCCUGGAGGAAAUAUACACAGAGAAUGUUCUGGAAGUCCGGACAGAACGGGGCCUGGCCGGACUCCCACAGAAGAGCCCUGUGACGCUGGGCCUGGAGGAGCUCUUUGGCACCCGUGGCCACCUCAAUGAAGAUGCAGACACUGUGCUGGUGGUGGGCGAGGCGGGCAGCGGCAAGAGCACACUGCUACAGCAGAUGCACCUGUUGUGGGCCUCAGGGCGUGACUUCCAGGAAUUUCUCUUCGUCUUCCCAUUCAGCUGCCGACAGCUGCAGUGUGUGGCCAAGCCGCUGUCUGUGCAGACGCUGCUUUUUGAGCACUGCUGUUGGCCUGACCUUGGCCAACAGGAGGUCUUCCAGUUCCUCCUUGACCACCCCAACCGUGUCCUCUUAACUUUCGAUGGCUUUGAUGAGUUCAAGUUCAGGUUCUCGGAUUGUGAGCGUCACUGCUCUCCGACCGACCCCACCUCUGUCCAGAAUCUGCUGUUCAACCUUCUGCAGGGCAACUUGCUCAAGAACGCGCGCAAGGUGCUGACCAGCCGUCCGGAUGCGGUGUCCGCACUGCUCAGGAAGUACCUGCGUUUGGAACUCCACCUCAAGGGCUUCUCGGAAGAGGGCAUCGAGCUGUACCUGAGGAAGUGCCACCGUGAGCCGGGGGUGGCCGACCGCCUCGUCCGCCUGCUCAAAGCAACCUCACCCCUGCAUGGGUUGUGCCACCUUCCUGUUGUCUCGUGGAUGGUGUCCAAAUGCCACCAGGAACUGUUGUUGCAUGGUGGCGGGUCCCCAAAGACCACCACGGAUCUGUACCUGCUGAUCCUGCAGCAUUUUCUGCUGCAUGCCUCCCCACCAGACUCGGUGCCCUGCGGUCUGGCACCCGGCCUGCUUCAAGGCAGGCUCCCCUCCCUCCUACACCUGGGCCGGCUGGCUGUCUGGGGCCUGGGCACAUGCUGCUACGUGUUCUCAGACAAGCAGCUCCAGGCAGCGCACAUCGACAGCGAGGACAUUUCUCUUGGCUUCCUGGUGCAUGCCAAGAGUGUUGUGCAGGGGGGCACAGCCCCCCUGGAAUUCCUGCACAUCACCUUCCAGUGUUUUUUUGCAGCCUUGUACCUUGUGCUUAGUGCUGACUUGUCGCCGUCCUUGCUCAGACAACUCUUCAGUUGUCACGGGCCACGCAGCUCGCUGCUGGCCCGGCUGCUGCCCCCCAUGUGUGUGCCACGCUCAGAGCACCAGGAGGGCAGCAUGGCCGCUUUGCUGCAAGAGGCUGAGCCCCACAACCUCCAGAUCACAGCAGCCUUCCUGGCGGGGCUGCUGUCCCGGGAGCACCAGGGCCUGCUGGCUGGGAGCCAGGUGUCCAAGAAGGCCCUGCUCCAGCGUCAGGCCUGUGCCCGCAGCUGUCUGUCCUGCAGCCUCCGCAAGCACUUCCACUCCAUCCCUCCGGCCGUGCCGGGGGAGGCCAAGAGCAUGCACGCCAUGCCUGGCUUCAUCUGGCUCAUCCGGAGCCUGUACGAGAUGCAGGAGGAACGGCUGGCCCGGGAGGCCGUGCGGGGGCUCAAGGUCGGGCACCUGAAGCUGACGUUUUGCGGCCUGGGCCCCGCAGAGUGUGCUGCCCUGGCGUUUGUGCUGCGGCACCUUCAGCGUCCCGUGGCCCUGCAGCUGGACCACAACUCUGUAGGGGAUGUUGGUGUGGAGCAGCUGCUGCCUUGCCUCAACGUCUGCAAGGCUCUAUACUUGCGGGAUAACAACAUCUCAGACCGAGGCAUCUGCAAGCUCGUGGAGCGUGCCCUGCACUGUGAGCAGCUGCAGAAGUUAGCACUCUUCAACAACAAACUGACCGAUGGCUGUGCACCCUCCAUGGCCAGGCUUCUCUCGUGCAAGCGGAACUUCCUGGCGUUAAGGCUGGGGAAUAACCACAUCACUGCCACAGGAGCCCAGGUGCUGGCCGAGGGGCUCAGAGCCAACGCCUCCUUGCAGUUCUUGGGGUUGUGGGGCAACAAGGUGGGUGAUGAGGGGGCCCAGGCCUUGGCUGAAGCCUUGGGGGAUCACCAGAGCUUGAGGUGGCUCAGCCUAGUGGGCAACAACAUUGGCAGCACAGGGGCUCAAGCCUUAGCGUUAAUGUUGGAAAAGAACGUGGUGCUGGAAGAACUCUGCCUGGAGGAGAACUGUCUCCAGGAUGAAGGUGUGUGUUCUCUUGCCGAAGGACUUGAGAGGAAUUCAAGUUUGAAAGUUCUGAAGCUGUCUGACAACCGCAUCACCUACUUUGGGGCAGAAGCCCUCCUGCGGGCCCUGGAAAGGAAUGACACCAUCCUAGAAGUCUGGCUCCGAGGCAACUCAUUCUCUGCUGAGGAAGUGGAGAGGCUCGGCCAGAGAGACACCAGAUUCUUGCUCUGAAGCCUGGGGGCCAAUGUUGAUCUCAGCAUGUUUGUGAGCAGGCUGUGGGUUUGGACCCCUAAAGCUGGAUUACAGAGCCGUGUCCUGCCCAGGUCAGGGCUGGUGGAGUGGGUCAUCUCUGUGCCAGCAGAGGAAGGAGCAACAGGGUCCUUCAGAGCAAACUUUUCUGCAGCCGAUUUUGCGUCCGGUUCUGCCCAAGAUUCAGUCCACGGAAUGUAGCAGAAGGGCAGCUCCUCCCUGCCUCCUGCUGAUCUGACACAGGACAGCGGGGCCCAUGGAUGUUAUCGUAUCCUUGUGGAUUCGAGAACUGGAUCCGCAGGAGAGGCCCCUUCCUGCCUGACUCACAAUGAGGAGGGGAACUCAGAACGCAACUUUCUGCCAGGUUUUCACUCCUGGGUGGUCAUCUCUCCAGGCUGUUCCCCACAUCUGGGCCCUCCCCCCAUUCUGGAUCCCCCUGCACGUGGGAAGGAUUCAGAAUACUCGAUGUUUUCAGCUUUGACAUUUAGAGCCACAAAUGCAGGGUGGGAAGGGCUAUAAUUUACCUGCUGUCCUUCCCGAUACUUAAGACAUUAUUGAAAGGGGACACGUGACAGCCACUUAGUUCCCCCAGACAUUCUGGAUUUUCAAGGAAAAUAAGACCACACUACAGCUGAUAUCGCACACACACUUUUAUUGCUGGGGAAAUCAAUUAGUCUUCAGUUAAGCUUUUGGAAACCGCUCUCCACCCAAACGCAGUGUUGUAGAAUCAGUCCUGGCCAGGAUUUGGAGCGAUUCCCCCAGGGCUCUGGCUGGUGCCUGGGAGAGGGACUCUGACAGCAGACUUCCAAAAUAGAUUCAGAAGAGGUGGUUUGGUGUUACGUGAUAGAAAGUUAUGGAUCAGAAGUUUACAGGGGCAAGAUCAAAGACUUUUCCUUAUAAGACAGAUGUUUUCCUGGACUUUUUUUUUUUACCCCCCCCAAAUGAUGCAUGUUGAAGCUUCUGUAUGAACACUGGUUAAUAUUUACAAACCACUUUGUUUUAUUCUCCCCAGUUUGUUUUUUAUAAAAAAUACAACCACGGAUUUUACACUGUAAAUAGUCAUAGCGAAGAAAACGGUGGAGAACCCUCCCCCCACCCAAGCUGUCUUCAUUGUGACCAAAUAUUUAAAAAAAAAAAAAAAAAAAUCCUGAACGUUGUCAGAUAUUAAAGCAGCAGUUUUUUACUUGGAGAGGGAAGAAUGAUGUUUGGACCAGAACACUUAUUGUUUAGGGCAAAGGCAAUUCUUAGAACUAGGCCCUGCAAACAAAACGGCUCUGGGCUUUGGCUUAGAAAUGCCUAAUGCUGCGUGAAGUCUGAGGCUGUGCGUAAGUCUCAUGGUGCCCUGUGGGGUGGCAAGGCCAAUGUGGGCUCCAGGAGUCUUUAGCAGGAGAAGGAUGGAGAAGGUUCUGGAACAGCUCUUCUCAGCAAGCAGCCUCCUGGGAAGGUCUUGCUGAAAUAAUUCUCAGCUGCAUUUAAUAAGCUCAGGGGGCUCCUCACCAAAGUGAGAUCCACUCCCUGGCCAGGUUUUGUGGGCUUGGCUUGCGAAAUGCAGCGGCAUGUCCGUGGGAUCCCGCGUGUGGGCUUGCCUGUGGGCUCUCUGCUCGUGGUGUUCGUUUCUGUCCAGUCCACUGUUCUGAGACAGAAGAUUGGGAGGGAGGUGGGGAUCGACUAGGCCAGCUUUCCCUGAGGAGUCAACACAGCAGUCUGUGCAUGUGGCAGCAUCAUGGAUUGUAAAUUUCAUUUUCCUGAAAUUCCUUCAGCAAUGAUUUAUGGGCCAGAUAUGGUAGGAGCAUCGGUGGAAGAACAACAGAGACACAAUCCCGGUUCUCAAGGCACUUAGGUUGGUGAGGAGGGGAGAGGUGGGCAGAAAACUAGUGAACUGGAAGAUACAGAAAAUAAGGUCCACUGUGGUAACUG